UCAUUUAUUUUUAUUUUUUCCAGGCUAUAAUUUUCACGGCAUAUUGAAUGGAAAUGAUUGGUUUAUUUCUCCACACAAAAAUGUGCUACACGCAUUUUCGAAUAACGCAUUUGGUUUUUGGUGUAAUAAUAUUGGCGACAAUCAUAUUCUAUUCGACACUCAACUCUAGGCAAUUUGAUAUUGAAACUAAACGAUAUCACGAGUCGCGACAUAAUGACACGGAAAAAUUUUUAGUACCACUACUCGCAAACGUUACACACAGUAGGAAAAACGUACAGAGCAAAAUAAUUAGACGGAAGAAUUGCGGUUUUUUCACAUAUCUAGCAAAUGGAUGUGGUUUACCUAACAAUAUCAGUAAUGUUUUUCAAAGGUUGGGAGAAGCCAGUUUAUUGACGAAUGAAUCAACAAUCAAGAUUGAAGCCAAUAGUAAUUAUAUACAAAAGAUAAUGAAGUUAUCCGAAUCCCAAGAGAAUCUUUCCAAAAAGCGAAAAAAAAUACCGCGUAAUCAUUCCACACCCAAUGAAACUGAUAUUCCCAAAAUCGUUGAAAGUACAGUGGAGAGAGUAGUAAAGACUAAAGAUAUUUAUGAAAAAGGACAUGUGAAUGACAUCGGCACCAUUACGAAUAUAUGUCCAGAUAAGGGGUCUGAUGUUAAUUUGUUGAUUCUGGUUACUUCAGCGCCUACCCAUAGAGAACAGCGUUUAUCUAUCAGACAAUCCUGGGGGCACUAUGGUAUACGCCGAGAUAUAUCCAUUGGAUUUGUGUUAGGCCGCACGCAAGAUCAACGUAUUGCAGAUCAGUUAUCGGCAGAGAACUACAUGUAUAGCGAUUUGAUAAGAGGCAAUUUCGUAGACAGCUAUAGCAACCUUACGUUGAAGUCAAUUUCUCUAUUGGAGUGGACGAGUAUAAACUGUCCGAAUGCAACAUACCUAUUGAAAACAGAUGAUGACAUGUUCAUAAACGUACCAAAGUUAUUGCAGUUUAUAGAAACUCACCUAACCUAUAGGCGCUCUAUUUUCGGACGUUUGGCAAAAAAAUGGAAACCAAUCCGAAAUAAAAAGUCUAAAUACUACGUCAGUCCAGAACAGUAUUUUCCGCCUGUAUUUCCUCCAUUCACAACUG